UCACAAAUACCUGUUUCAGCACAACUGGUUACAGUCCUGAGUUCGUGAGCGACGUUCCCCUGUCAAAAUAAACACAACAAAAGAAAAAACAAAUCUCAACUGCUUCCGCAGCUUUCCAGGAUAAUUAAAACCAAACGACAUUUUCAUCAACGACAACUCGCCGUGUGAAUCCACUUUUUUUCCCCUUUUCCUGCCACUCGAGGACCCCCCGCGUGUGACUCGCCACCAUGCACUUGUUGGGCUCCCUGGUCCUUCUCCUCGCCACCAUUCUCCGCCAAGUGAGCGGCCUGGAGACGGUGGUGGGCCUAUAUGGCCAAACGCUGGAGAUUCCGUGCAACAAAGGAGCCGUGAAGGCAGAAGACGUGCUGAUCACCAAGUGGAAAUAUGACAAAGGGGACGGACUCUCAGGAGACCUGCUGGUCAGAAAGAAAACCGAGAAUGUCUCCAUUAGCGCCACUAAUGAAUACAUGGGUCGGAUCAACAUGGCGGCCAACUCCAGCCUGCUUCUCUCUGCCGCCAAGCUGAGCGACCAGCGGACUUUCACCUGCAUGAUGGUGGUCGGGUUGGACAUCAAUGAGUACCCGGUCAAUGUGGUCGUCUACAAGGCGCCUGCAGGUGUGGAGAUUUCUGACAAGGCGCAAGAGCUGGAGAUUGGUAAACUUACAAAGCUGGCUACAUGUGUCGCAAAAGAUGCUAAUCCACCGGCCAACGUGACAUGGCUGAAGAACAACAAACCACUGGUGGAUGGCGGGAAAGGCAUUUCCAUCCGGGCCUCCGUGCAGGUGGACCCUGUGAGCGGCCUGUCGAGCACCUCCUCCACACUGGAGUACUCGGCCACUAAGGAGGACACGGACGCCCAGUUCUCUUGCAGCGCUCGGCACAACGUAGGCAAAGGGCUGGCGUCAUCUACACUCACCUUCACCAUCACAUACUCCACAGAGAGCAUCGUCCUGGGGGUUAUUGCUCCGGAACCUCUGGUGGAAGGUGACAACGUGACUCUCAAGUGCGUGGCGGAUGGCAACCCGGCACCAACCAGCUUCAACUUCCACCUGAAGGGGGAUGUGGUUCCUGUGAAAAACAUGAAUACAUACACACUCACUCAUGUCUCCCGUGACACUACCGGUGAAUACCAAUGCUCCCUAAUUGGCAACCCUGCCAUGAUGGCUUCCAAGAAUGUCACAGUCAAUUACCUAGAUAUCAAUUUAAGCCCCUCUGGGAAUGUCGUCAAGACAGCUGGGGAGGCCUUGGAGCUAUCUUUCCAGAUCGACUCUUCAGGGGACUCAAAGGUCUCCUGGACCAAGGACAAUGUCAAGCUGCAAAAAGAGCCCAAGUUUAACAAGCUCAAGUUCUCGGACUCUGGCAGCUAUGAGACCGAAGUGAAGAUGGGAGCACUUAGCAAGAAGGCUUUUUUUGAUCUGGUUGUUGAAGGCGCUCCAGUGAUCAAACAGCUGUCCAAACAGCGUAGUGAAGACGGUCAACAUAAAGUCUUGAUUUGUGAGGCCGAGGGCUCUCCAAAGCCAUCUGUUUCCUGGAGCAUCAAUGGCACCUCGCUUGAUGAAAGUCCCUUCGUCAACGGCAAGGUCACACACAAAAUCACAGUGGUACCCACCGUCAACCUGACCGUCUCGUGCACCGUGUCCAACGAGUUCGGCGUGGACACGCGGGACAUUAAUGUGUCUUCUCUAUUUGAGGAGGUGAGAGUGGAUAAACGAGACCAAUCGGAGGACGCCGAUCAAACCAAGCUGGUGGUCGGAGUGGUGGUCGGCCUUCUCAUCGCCGCCAUGGUCAUUGGGCUGGCGUACGGAAUCUACCAGAAGAAAUCCAAGCAAGGGAGCUGGAAGACAGGCGAGAAGGAGAACGGUUCCUCCGAGGAGGAGAGAAAGCUGGAGGAGAAGGGGGAGGAGAACAGCCAAAAAGCUGAAGUGUAGAGGAACGCCUAAGCCACCAACCAUCCUUUGGGAAUGUGAAAGUGAGAACAUGGAACGUUGCACGUUUCUCCUCCUCACGUCAUCUUUUGGGAAAAGAAGAAAAAAGUGUACAUUACAAUGAGGACAGCUUGGAUUUGAUUUCAGGGAGAAUUUGACAACAAAUCCAAUCCUACUCUUGGAGAAAAAAACAAAAAACAAUUGGAUACUGUAUGUGAUAUACAUGCACUACUUGUCACACACAUAUACACAGUGUAGCUCUGUCUUCUGUUAGCGAUCAUGUUUGUUAGGAAGUAACUUUUAUUUUAAAAUAACUUCUAGACCAGUUUUGCCUUUGCUGUUAAGAUGUGUAGGAAGUGCAUCAUGUCUUGCCAUGUCAUCCAUUUUUUUAUUUUUUAAUGUACAUACAUUUCUGUUCAUUUGUGGCGUAGAGAAUGGCAGAAAGGCCUAAAGGGAUUUUGCUAAAGUUGGUCUUGGCGAUAACGCGUCAUUUAUGAUUUUUUUUUUUUUUUUUUUUUCCAAAUGUACUGUACGUUGUCGGCCAUCAACGAGCGGGUAGAUUUAUCCAGAGAGUUAUGUUCAUUUCGCCACCCUUCCAGUAAAUCUACCUGCUCGUGUCUUCAGUGAGUGAUUCAUAUUUGAGUUGAUGUCACAGCUGGAGCUCAAAAUGGGGAGAUGCCAUCGUGAGUUAUGAGUUUUAUUUUGUUGUUGUUGCUGUUGCUAUUUAUGUUGUACAAGAUGAAAGAUCAUCGCGGUCCUCACACGGCUUUUUCCCCCACCAUACCGCGUUUUGAUUUGUUGAUGAAAACACACUUGCAGACUCGAAAUGAGUAGAAGUAGAAUAAUUUCUGAAUUAAAAGCAUCCAAUUGGAAGAAUGACCAAAGAAAGUGAACAUUGCCAUGCAAGUAUUGUAAAUAUCUGUUGUGUUUUUUUGUACUUUUGUUUAAAAUAAAGUGUACAUU